AUGGACGUUGGCGCCCAAUGUAAGGCGUCGUGCUUUCGCUCGCUAACACGCGGGGGGCCGCGCUCGAGAAGGAUCUUAUGUCGUGCAACACACCUGAGUUGUGAGGUCCGGGGCCGAUUCUUAGGCAGACCUGCUACGCCUGGACUCUCGAAUCAUGCACUCUGUGAGGGGUCAUACUUUACUCUUCUUUGCGACGGCCUGUACACCAGGCAUGAUGCACAAUUAUUUGGCUGCUUUGCCAUUCUUUGGGUCUCGAGGACAGUUGAAGCUGGGGCCGCUGCACAGCCGCUUUCAAUCCCGCCAAGUCAAUACUGGGAAGGGAAUGAUGGCCAUUGGUCUACUGUCUUUCUGGACGUUGGCACCCCAGCACAGCAGGUGCGACUGCUUCCUGGAACCUCAGCGACUGCUGGAGAUGCGAUCUGGGUCGUGCUGCCAGAGGGAUGUUCUCAGGCCAAUCCAAGCCUCCCCGAGGCAGACUGCGAUGAAGCACGAGGCGGGUUGUUUGAACGCAAUAGCUCCACCACCUGGACCACUUCUCGACUCGCCACUUCUCGACUCGCCAACGGAGGUCUAUACGAACUGGAUACAUAUGAAGAGUCGAAACUGGGACUCAACGGCAAUGCCUACUAUGGCUUCGAUACUGUCAGCUUGAGAAAUGGACUGCCACUGCUAAGUGGUCACCUCGUGGCCGGCUUUGCUACGAACGAUUUCUGGCUUGGCAGCUUGGGCCUCAGUCCACAUCCGAUUAACUUCACUACACUCAACGAACCUUUUCCCAGCCUCUUGGGUCGUCUUUGGGCAUACACAGCCGGUGCUGUCUACAAAGAGCCGCCAGUCUUCGCAAGCGUAACCAUCGGAGGUUGCGAUGCCAGCCGCAUGGACGGAGAAGGUAUCUCAGUACCUUUCGGACCCGACAUCUCCCGCGACCUCCUCGUUAGUCUGCAAUCGAUUACCUUCAAUACGCUCGGCAGCGCACCUCUACUCACUCAAGGAAUACAUACAUUCGUGGACUCCCUAGUGACGCAUCCUCGGCUUCCGUUGGAGGUCUGCCAGGCGUUUGAGGCUGCUUUUGGAUUGGUCUGGGACGAAACCACCGAGCUUUACUUGCUCAACGACACGGCACACGAGCGACUGCGUGCUCAGAAUCCGACUUUCACCUUCACAUUGAGUCUGACGCCCGACAGUUCUGUGGGAGGCAACGCCACAACUACGAUCACCCUGCCCUACGCAGCCUUCGAUGUCAAUGUCACUCACCCCUUUGUCAAUGCUAGUCAGCCAUACUUUCCACUCAAAAGGGCCCAAAACAGCGCCCAGUAUACCCUUGGACGUGUCUUUCUGCAAGAGGCGCACCUUGUUGCAGACUACGAUCGUGGUAAUUUCACGAUUGGCCAAGCAGCUUUUCCUGGGCACUCUACCACGGAUCUAAAAACAAUACUCCCGCCUGGCUUUGUGGCUGAACGUAAGGAAGUAUUCUUGAGCACUGGUGCGAUAGCUGGUAUAGCGGUCGGUGUGAUUCUGACCAUCUUGCUGCUACUGGGACUGGCGUUCUACUUACGCCGACGAAGCUCAAGACUGCGCAAGAAAGCUGCAACUUCCGAAGCUGCUAGGCAAGCGGCUGAACAUGAGAAAAAACAUAUCCUAGAUGAAGCUGAUCACGGGGUUCAGGAGUUAGAUAGGAGCCAACUGUAUGAGGCAUGUGGCUCCACGGAGCAUUCGAAACCAGGUGAACUGGCAGGACCCGAGACCGGCAGUAGAUCGGAGCUUGCCGCAGGAAUUUUUCACCCUAACAAGAAAGAUGGCACCUACUUGUACGAACUUGCCGGUGGAGGUAUUGCAGCUUCAGAAAUGGAGGCAGGGGUUGACAGGAGUGCGACAUGA